CAGACCGUUUUAGUGAGCGCUAGCAACAGAAAUAACAAAAAUUGCAUUCAAUAUUUUUUGAUUACUAAUUGACAAAGAAAGCAACAUGAGCGGUGCAGAAAAGGCCUUCGAAUUGCAGCGCCAGGUGCGCCAGAAUGCCAAGGACUACGAGAACUCCGUAAAGGACCUGUACUCCUGGGAGCGGGACAUCAAGAGCAAGGAGAAGGAGCUGCAAAAGGCGCCGGCGUCUGCCGCCAAUAAGAACCUGCCAGUGCGCAGUCACGGGAAGUCGGAGAAGGAGAGCCCCAGCAGCUCGGCGGCCAGCACGCCCACGGAGAAGCAGGAUCUGCCCCUGGAUCCUGUGGCCAGGCAGCACAAGAAGGCCAACGACAUCAAGGAUCGCGGCAAUACCUAUGUCAAGCAGGCGGAGUACGACAAGGCCAUUGUAGCCUACUCGGCGGCCAUUGGCGCCUAUCCCCACGAUCCUAUUUACUAUAUAAACAGGGCCCUGUGCUACAUCAAGCAGGAGCGUUUCGAAAUGUGCGUGGAGGACUGUGAGGCCGCCAUUGCGCUGGAUAAGCUCUGCGUGAAGGCCUACUACCGGCGAAUGCAGGCCAACGAGUCCUUGGGCAACAAUAUGGAAGCCCUGAAGGAUUGCACCACGGUGCUGGCCAUCGAGCCCAAGAACAUCGAAGCCAAAACGAGCCUGGCCAGGAUCAACGAACGUCUGCGCAAGCACGCCACCAAAAGCGGACCAAACUUUAAUCCCGAUCGUCCUGGCUUGAUUGACAUCUUGCCCUUUGAGAAGCCAGUUUAUAAGCGCUCCAAAAAGGCUAUGCGCCGUGUGCCCAUUGUGGAUGUGGUAUCUCCUCGUGGAAGCAGCGAUGACACCAACAAACUACGCAUCUCAGAUGAGGACAUAGACAAGAUUUUCAAUAGCAGUUGUGGCGCAUUCGAGGAGGUCAAGAAGGCGGAUGCAAAGCAGGAUCAAGUAAAGCCCAGUCCACCCAAAGCUCAGUCAAUUGUUGAGGCCCCCAAAGAAGCAAAGAAGGAUUCCAAACAGACUUCACCCAAACCAGAUCCAGUCGAGGCGGUAUUCCAGGAAAUUAAGAAGGAUGCAAAAAAUAAGGCAGAAGUCGAGAACGAAACCAAACAGAGUUCACCCAAAGAGGAUCCAGUCGAGGCGGUGUCCAAGGAUACAAAAAAUAAGGCAGAAGUCGAGAAGCAAAGUGUAACAAGUUCACCCAUUAAAGUGGCAGUCGAGGUGCCCAAAGUUCAGGGUCCCGUCUCCCCAACAAAAAAAACUGAAAAAUCCAGCAUAGAAGACAAGGCAGCAACAGUCAACUCAAUUCAAACUGAAAAGGUCGACCCAAAUUUAAAGAACAACGAAAUGCCAGCCAGUCCGUUGGAUCCCUCUGUGCCGCCUGCGCCCACGGGUACAGCGCAGUUCCAUGUCACCUGGAAGGAGCUUAGUGCUCCUCAGAAGUACCAGUAUUUAAAAUCCAUUAAUGUGUCGAAUCUGUGCAAGAUCCUGGGAGCAGGUUUCGAUUCGGAUACAUUUUCGGGUCUGUUGCGCACCGUUCAGGAAUAUUAUGUACCAAAUAAGGAGCCAACCACGGCUGCUGUCCUUCAGGAGGUCAGCAAAAAUGAUCAGUUCACCAUUUUGGCCAUGUUCAUGUCAGCGGAGGAGAAAAAGGUGGUUAAAUCUAUUUUCAGUGCCAUCAAGAACUGGCCCAACAAAAAUCCGGCUGUGCUGGAUAAGCUAUCGAAGGACUAUGAGGUGGCCUAAAACCCCAAUGUUUCAAGUUUAAAUGUACUUAUGUUGCUUCAAAUUGUUAGCUCAAAAACAAACAUUACAAAUAUAGAGAGGAUGUGUUGAUAGGAUCCCCAAUAUGUUACAAAGAA